UGCUGUCUUGGUGUUCGUAGAGUGAAUUAUCCAUUUCUGGAAGCCUACUAGACAGAAGAAAAAUGUGGGGAGACCACCGACAAGCCAACAGAAUGGGGUCAUUUCGUGGGAGCCAAGAAGAAAGGUUUGCUCCCGGGUGGAACAGGGAAUAUCCUCCUUCCCUUGAUAGUCUUGCUCAAGAAAGACACUCUGGCAACUUCUCUGGCAGAGAAUCACUUCCUUUUGAUAUCCAGGCACUCGCAGGCCUCCUCAAUCCUCAGUUUGCCAACAGAGAGGAACCUUCUUUCAGCUUUGGAGCUAGAGAUGGACCACGUAGUGACUUCAGAGGUGGGGAGGGGCACCAUGAUUUCAGGAGCAGAGAUUACCCACCUUCUGACUUUCAGAACAGAGAUGAUUCACAGUUGGAUUUCAGAGGUAGGGAGCCACCCUCUUCAGAGUUCAGGGGCAGGGAUAUGUACUCUGGAGAGUUGCGGGAAAGAGAAGGGCCGCCUAUGGACUUCAGGGGUGGGGACGUUCCUUCAGUGGACUAUAGGAACAGGGAGGCAUUCCGUAUGAACUACAGGGAUAGGGAAGCACAUAAUAUGGAUUACAGGGGCAGAGAUGAACCUCCAUCAGACUUCAGGGGAAGAGGGUCUUUUGAUCUGGACUUCAGAGGUCGAGAUGGUUCUCAUUCAGACUUUAGGGCAAGAGAUGCCUCUGAGUUAGACUACAGAGGCAGAGAGCACUCUUAUUCAGACUUCAGAAAUAGGGACGUACCUGAUUUGGACUUUAGGGAUGUGGGUUCCUCUGAUUUGGACUUCAGAAAUAGAAAUGCACCAUCAUCAGACUUCAGAAAUAGGAACAGAUCCCGGUCCGAUCAGGAUUUUAGGAGCAGAGACGUGGCUCCUCCUAUGGACUUUUCAGAUAGGGAAAUGCCUCCUGUGGAUCAAAACCUUGUAGAUUUUAGGCGCAACCAAUCUACUCUACCUUUAGCAGAAAGAGAGGGCUCUGGUUUAAGCACCAGCAAGAGAGAGGACCCUGCGCUUGGUCUAGAUAGAACUCCCUUUGGUAGCCAAAAAGGAGAAUUCCACCAUUCAGAAACACCAGCUGGAGAAGAAGAAUCCCUUGGACUGGGUCUUGAAGACGACGCUUCACACAAUUUCCAAAAUAGCCGUGGGCCUCAUCCUACUCUUCAGAACCAGGAGGAGCAACCUCAGACCUUUGCUAACAAGCAGCAGCAGCAGCUUUCUGGGGGGGAGCAGCAAAGAUCCGAUUCUGAUCUUGGGUUAAAGGGUGAAGGUGGCCUGGAUUUCCUUGGAAGGCAAGAUACGGACUACCGAAACAUUGAGUAUCGCGAUGUGGAUCACCGGCUGCCAGGGCAUCAGAUGUUUGAUUAUGAACAUGGCAAGUCCUUCUCAGAAGGAAAACCCAGCAAAGAUUCUAGGCUCUAUAAGAGCCUUCAGGACCAAGAUUACCGGACCUGCCCCAAAUACGUGAAGCCAAGCAAACUCAUUCGGCUAGGAGGAGUGCCUGAAACUGCCACAAAGGAUGAUAUUCUCAAUGCUUUCCGUGGACCUGACGGGACACCUGUGAAGGACUUGCGACUGAAAGAUUACAGUUCAGGUUACGACUAUGGCUAUGUCUGCGUGGAAUUUUCACUCUUGGAAGAGGCCAUCGGAUGCAUGGAAGCCAACCAGGGAACCCUUUCGAUUGGCGGCAAAGAAGUGACCCUUGAGUACACGCCAUGCCCAGAGUUUUGGCGCUGCAAACGUUGUAAGGUGUGUACUGUGGGCUACAGAUCUUCCUGCUCCUAUUGCAAACUCCCAAGAGAUGGGAGCAGAGCAGGCCCAGAGUCCAGAGGUGGUUCUGAGGGAGAGGACACCCCCGCUGAGCAAGAAUUCACAGAGGCAAAGCUUGAAAAACCUGAGCAAGAGUUAUCAGGACAACCAGGAUCUCCAAAGCAGCCUCUCCAGCCCUCAGCUCCUGCUCCACAACAGGAGUGCCAGCCUCAAGAACAGGAGCCAAGGAAGAGAGAUGAAGGGAGAGAGCGGCGGCCCUCACAAGAGAAGAGAAGGGACAUGGACCGGCACCAGGAACUGCCUUCCCAGAGAGAAGCAGAGGAAACCACACCACAGGACAGUGGAGGAAGCAGAACAAUUAUGCUGAAGCGUAUUACUCGAUUCACCCCCCCGGAAGUGAUUGUGGGGCUCCUGGCCCCAUACGUGCGUCUUUCCACAUCCAGUGUACGCAUCAUGAAGAACAAGGCUGGCCGGAUGGGGCAGACCUAUGGCUUCAUUGAACUGGAGUCACAUGCUGAGGCCCUGAGGUUGCUAAAGAUAUUGCAGAAUCUGGAUCCCCCAAUCUGCAUUGAUGGACGGACAGUGGAAGUGAAUCUUGCUACAGGGAGGAGAAGGAAUGACUAUGGGGAGCAUGGCGACAAUUCCUACUAUGGCCCGGGCAGAAGGGGCAUGAGGGACAGGAGGGGCGGCGAAUCACAGAGACGCACCAGAGCGCAGUCUCCAUCAGAUGUGUCCACGUACAUUUAUGAUCCUGAAACUGGGAAUUACUAUGAUCCCAUAGCUGGGACAUACUAUGACCCUAGGACUCAGAGAGAAGUCACGAUAGACCGAGAAGCCUGCUCAUCACCUACAGAGAGCAGAAGGCGGCGGCAUGGGAGCCAAGAAAGGACGAAUGAAAGAAAGGAGCCACACAGCAGGGACAAUAGGGACAGAAAGGAGAAAGGGAAAAGUACUUCUGCUAAGAAUGAGCCUGGAGAGGAGAGGUUCUUCGUGGAAGAUGUCUUCAAAAAGCCAUUACCUCCCUCUGUGAAAAAGGAUGAAAGUGCCAACUUGAAUGAGUCUGGAGAGGAGAAGUUCUCUGCAGAAGAUGUCUUUAAAAAGCCAUUACCUCCCUCUGUGAAAAAGGACGAGAGUGCAGCCCCGCCCAAGGCAGUGAACCCUCUGAUAGGACUUCUGGGAGAGUAUGGAGGAGAUAGUGACAAUGAAGAGGAGGAGGAAGAGGAGGAGCAGGCACAGGCACAGUGGAUGCCUCCUCCCCACCCACCAGCACAGCGUGAAGAACAGCCAAGGACGGCCAAGGCCAGCGACGACAAGCUGACCGACUGGAACAAGCUGGCCUGCUUGCUGUGCAGGAGACAGUUUCCCAACAAGGAAGUGCUCAUCAAGCACCAGCAGCUUUCCAACCUACACAAGCAAAACCUGGAGAUACAUAUGAAGAUCAAACGGUCUGAGCAGGAACUGGCAUAUUUGGAGAAGAGAGAGCGCGAGGGAAGAUUCAAAGACAAAGGAAACGACCGGAGAGAGAAAUAUCAGCAGAUGGAUUCACCAGAGAGGAAACGAUUCAGAUACGAUCGGGACUCAGAGAGUGACUACGACCCAAGGAUUGAUAGUAACAACAAAGGAAACCGAACGUUGCAGUCCCCAGGGUGGAAGAAAGGCCUGGGCCACAACCAGCAGGGCACAACCUCACCAGUGGAGGUGAAUCUUCCGUUUCCUUCAAAACAAAUCACUUCUGUUCACCUGGUAACGUCUCUUGGGACAGCUGGAGGGAAUUCUCAGCUGGGACAAGAGUCAAUCCGCAAGAAUCAGCAUGGGAUAUUAUGUGUGCACUGGUUAAAUCUGCAGGCUGAGAGGGGCUGCAGGCAUGUCAGUAAGAAAGGGUUAGAAUGUGUAUGGAUCUGGAGGGCUGAAAAUAGAGUAACAGUGAGUAGGGAGGGCGUGAGCAUCUGAUUAAUACCUGUACAAAGUCAGGCUGGGAGCAACGGGCAGGAGAAGGGCUGGGGUUUGAACAGGUCACUAGCUCAAUGUUCUGCAGCCAUGUCAGGCUGGGAUGAAAAGGUGAACUUCCUCCCGGGAGGCACGAGUGUAACCAAAGCCCACAGGGCACAUGCUACUACUGUUUGUCCACUCUGCUUAGUGCUUGUGAGACCUCAGCUGCAGUUCUGGGCACUGGACUUUGAGAAGGGUUUACCAGGGUACGCUGUCUGAUGAGGACCAAUCUAUCACCAAAGAGCUUCAGGGACAGGCGGGGCUGAGCAGAUCCUAUCUUGAGGGACAGAGAUUGGCCUGUUAUGCACCUGCCAGCUCUGCCCUCUGUGACUCUCGCAGGAGCCUUAAUUUGCUGGAGAGGAAGUUUACUUGGAACAGUAUAUUAGUUGCACUUGACAUGUGUUUUUGAGCGGUCUUAAGAUUGCAACUUGCAGUUUGCAAUAACUUGAGAUAUUCUGUCCUUGUUGGUGAUUCCACAGACAGGCUGUUCACAUCCACCACUGCUCAUGCCUGCCCCCGGGCACACCACAGCAGUGUUUGUGUAUUGGUUAUGGGGGGCUGAUUAAGGGCAAAAGAAAGGGUUGUUUUCUUGUGGGUUGUUUUGGACAGCAUUUGGACAGCUGCAUGAUGCUAUGGUUGGUCAGGCAAGGGGAGACGAGGUCUUUUCCAAUGAAUUAAUUUCUGAUUUUGUUCACCGCGUAACCACGUGGAUGGUUACCGCAACAUCAUAGAGGGGCAGUGAGGGGUACAAGGGACUGAUGGCUGUUUAGGCCAGCAUUCUGCAGAAAUCCAUUCAGUGAGCAGCCCGGGAUGGCCAGGCCUAGCAGCAGCAAGUGGCCUGGGGGGAACUGCUCUAACCCCUUGCCCUGGUGCCCAGGGGCACAUGGGCAGCACCAGGCCCCGGUGGCUGUGGUCACUUCCUGUGGUGGGUUCGUUGCCUGGCUGCUUCGUUGUACGGUGUUAGCUCCUCUCCGAAGGGCAGUGCAACACGCUAGUGCUGCUCACAUUGCAACAUUGAGUUUGCAAUCAAGUGCAUCAUGACAGGCAAAUAUUUGAGGCUUUGUGACGUUUGUUUGAGCCCACACACACAAAAAAACGCAAGGUUCCUGCUUCAGUUCAGAUAGCAAGAACUGGCCCCAGCUGUUGUUCAGUCUUCACUGAGAGUUUUCUGCAGCCAUAAAAUGGGCUUUGUCGAAUAGCCAGCUCCAGCGAUGCACUCUGGGAGGUCUGACCUACAAUCAGGCUCCCUGCACUGGAUGGGAGAGCUGAUCACAAGACACAGCCCUGGUGCAACUCCUGUAAAGACCUCCCAGAAGAGCCCUAGAGAUGUGCUUUUUCCCCACUUCCAAGUCAUGCUGGAUAAAGCCGUGUGUCCCGUCCAGCCCUAGAUAACUUUGAUCUCUCAGCCUAAUUGAUUGCAUCUCUGGUAUCCAGAUAUAUCAUACUUAAAAGGAGAUAAAACUUUCAGCCUUGGGCCUGUUCUCCUGGGCUCACUCUGGGCAGGUAUAGCUGAAUAAUUUAAACACUGGCUGCAAAAGCCAGUCGUCAAAAAACAGUUGAAAUUCAGCAUGAGCUACCAGAGCCCACGGGAACUCCAUUAGAGGAGAGAACAGCUGAGCUUGUGCAAAUGCAGGCCCAGCUCUCUUGCUGACACUUUCCUUUGCUCUCUUCAGUCCUCACGCACACAUGGCUGUCUCUCAUCUGCUGCUUUUGCAUGUUUUGGCUGCCUGCUCCUACCCCAUUGUACACUAGUAUUGCUCUCCCCAGCCAGUCCCUGUGGUUUGGUUCUCUCCUGGCAUUUGCUGCGUGUGUUUUUGUUGCUUGCAAAGCCCCAGUAGUUUCUCGCAAGCAGCUUUCGGGGAUACAGUGUACUACCACCUUUGCCCCCUGUUCAGAUCCGCAAGGGAGUAAUCCCUUAAAUCUGUCCUGGAAC